AUGCACCACCCCGCCCACUUCGACGCCCAGAACCGGGACGUUCCCGUUGACAUCUACGGCGGCAUCCCACUAAACUGGAGCAAGGCGCCCAAGACCGCUGUAGAAGCUCUACCCACGAGAACCUUGACGGCAGAAGAUAUGGGCGAAGACGGGAAAGCAAGCUGUGGAGUGUGCACCUUUGACGUCGAAGUGGGCGUCGAAGUCACAGUCCUGCCGAGGUGCAAACACUUCUUCCACGUCGACUGUAUCAAAGAGUGGUUGGGGGGUUAUAAUGCUACGUGUCCUAUGUGUCGGGAUAAGAUCACUGAUGCUACGGGCGGCGGUGAAGAUAAUGCAGACGGUGAGAGCGAAAGGUCCAGUUCUGCUGGGUCUUCAGGGGUGGGUGGGGCGGCUGAGCUUCGCGGGCAGAGUCGUGAGGAGCUCGAUGCGGCGUAUCUGGAGAGGAGGAGACGGAGGCGCGAGGCUAGGGCUGCUGGGCCGGCGAGGAUGAUCACACCAAUGUACGAUGACGAAAUGCGUGAUUUGUGGUGA